GCAGCAUGGAUCUCUCAGCGCCUGCUCCGUUGGUAGCCCUCCUCCGCUGACAUCCCCUCCACCUCCUUCUCCCCAUUUCUUCCUCCACCUUUCCCUCUCUCAUCAACCCCUCUUCCUCCACACCCCAUCUCUGACUACCUCACAAUCUGUGACCACUCCGCCCCUCCUACAUCAUGGCAGGGGAGAAAGGGCCGACUAAGCGAAGCGCCAUGGACAUCAAGCGCCUGGCCAGCCUCAUCCAGAGAGGAACGGGCCGUUUGCUGGUGAUUGACAGCCGGACGUUUUCUGAGUACAAUGCGUCACAUGUGCAAGGUGCGGUCAACGUCUGCUGCUCCAAGCUGGUGAAGAGGCGACUGCAGCAGGACAAGGUGUCUGUCACUGAGCUGCUGCAACCCAAUGGCAAGGUGAAGGUGGAGCUGGGCAGGAAGCAGGAAGUGGUGGUUUAUGACCAGAGUUCCAAAGAGGCAGGGCAUCUGUCCAAAGAAGGCUUCAUGCACAUUCUCAUGGGAAAGUUGGAGGGCACCUUCCAUAAAGUCUCCCUGCUCACCGGAGGCUUUGCUGCUUUCUCCUCCUGUUUCCCCGGCCUGUGUGAAGGGAAACCUGCCACUGCUAUGCCUAUGAGCUUGUCCCAGCCCUGCUUGCCUGUGGCUAAUGUAGGGCCCACUCGCAUCCUGCCACACCUCUACCUGGGUUCACAGAAGGACGUCCUCAACAAGGAUCUGAUGGCUCAGAAUGGUAUCACCUAUGUGCUGAAUGCCAGCAACACCUGCCCCAAGCCAGACUUCAUCAGCGAGAGCCACUUCAUGCGCAUCCCAGUUAACGACAACUACUGCGAGAAAUUGCUUCCCUGGCUGGACAAAACUAAUGAAUUCAUAGACAAAGCUAAGGUGUCAAACUGCAGAGUCAUUGUGCACUGCCUGGCUGGAAUCUCACGUUCAGCAACCAUCGCCAUUGCAUACAUCAUGAAGACAAUGGGCUUGUCAUCAGAUGAUGCCUACAGGUUUGUAAAAGACCGAAGACCGUCCAUAUCCCCCAACUUCAACUUCCUUGGUCAGCUUCUGGAGUUUGAGAAGGGCCUGCGAUUGCUGCAGAUUUUAACAUCAACCUCUGAUGACAAGAUCUCUGAAAACAACACUAAGCAAUGCUCCGAGAUCAACGGAGUCAACACAGGUUUCGAGAUCAACGGUCACCGCAGCAACUACGACUCCUCUGUGGCAGAGCCGCACAUCCCACCAGAACCCAAGCUGCCAUCACCCACCUCCCUCCAGCAAGGCUUCAACGGCCUACACCUCUCCGCGGAGAGGAUCAUGGACACUAACCGGCUUAAACGCUCCUUCUCCCUGGACAUUAAGUCUGUCUACUCACCUAACAGCCCCAGCCUGGCCCCCACACACUCUGAAGACGUCCCCAAGCUGUGCAAGCUUGACAGCCCAGGAACAGGCACCUCUAAUGGUGUCUGCUCCCAGUCUCCCGUCCUAGACAGCCCCAGCUCCUCCGAUUCACCGUUCCCCUCACCUGGCAGCGGGGGCAGCAUUGGAGGUUUGGGGCUUGGAGGAAGUGAAGGAGUCCAUCGGUCUGGUUCUUCCUCAUCCAGACCCAGGAGAAAACCCAAACACUGCUCCGGUAGUUCCCCAAUCCGCUCCCAACCACACCAACCUCCACAGUCCCUCAGCUUGUCGCUGGAAAACAAGAGCCCCAGCCUGGAUGAGAACCUAAAGGGCUCCCUGCUCCUGUCACUACCCUCCGUGCCCACUGUGGGGUCUGGGGCCAUGUGGACCAAACACAGAGACACUGUCCAGGCCACCACUCCCGUCACUCCCGUCACCCCCACCACAGAUGCCCCCUGGCACUUUGGGGCAGAGGAGGGUGGUAAGGGAGAGAUGGAGCUAGGAGGAGGAGGUGUUGGAGUGGGAGAGGAGUCGUCGGUGAGGUUUGGGAGCAGCUCGGCGUACAUGGCGUUUGGGUGCAGCGAAGGUGUGCGGUUACGAGAAAAAUCUCAGAGGGAGAAGCCAUCAGCACCACAGAUACAGAGAGACCACCGGGACUCCAUGUCAACAUCCACAGUGACCAUGUCCAACAGUGCAAACAACAGUGGGCCUGCGUCAGAGAAGCAGUUCAAGCGGCGUAGCUGUCAGAUGGAGUUCGAGGAGGGCAUCUCUGAGACGCGAUCCCGAGAAGAACUGGGAAAGAUCGGGAAGCAGUCAAGCUUCUCUGGGAGCAUGGAGAUCAUCGAGGUAUCCUGACAGAUAAUGGACAUGAUCCGAGCUGUCCCUUGGGGGAACAAGUGGAUCUGGUUAGAGGGAGUACAAGAAGAGGACAUAUGACAGGGAGCGAAAGAGGCUUUUUUUCUGCUCCCCUCACGGACAGUGUUAAAGACUCCAACCGAGAGAAGGACAAAUAGAUUCACAAGCAGAGAGUUAAUGUGAAAAGGUUAGCAAGCAAGCUAGCAUUUGCACCUGGACAGACAGAGCCUGUGACGUGGUGCUUAGCAGACCAUAACCAUCCUGAACUCUCACACAAAUCUGAAGAAAAGUCCGGGUGAGGGUGGGGUAAAGGGGGUGACUGUAGGUACUGGAACUCUUAAUUUUACUGAGCUCUGUCACAGAUAAAAAGAAACGACCCAGGGCAAGUGACAUGUUGCAUCCUUAAUAUAUAGAAUACCCCUUUUUUGACAGAGUUCGGAGACAAACUGCCGGCCUGCGGUCAAAUGUAGUGUGCUUCAGUGGGUGUAUAGCUUGUGAUUUGAACCAAGCCCUGUGUUUCCUCCCAAAGCUUCACCCCGGUGUCAGAAAGCCUCAGAACCUCGCACGGCUACGUCCACCCCUCCACCCCCACCCCUUCCAAGUGGCUCUGCCUGCUACAGACUCUGCAUAACAACAUCAGCGACAAUAACAGACUCCUUUACAGCACCGUCUCCUCACAUCAACACAGCACACAUGGCAGAGAGAUCCCAAGGACUAAAUCUAAAGGCGGUACUGAAUCCAAACAAUGAAGGAUCCUCAGCAUUUUGUUUGCUGAACAGACUUUGAGCUGAAGACUCUUAGCGACGGGCAGUGUUCCCCCCCCCCCUAAAGCACAGUGUGUCUUUCCUGACUUUGGCUCCCUUGUUUCCAGUGUUAACAGCGUGAUGGGACUGACAUUUCGGGAUGGUGGUGAGGGUUCGCUUUAACGGCCCUUUAUAGACCCCCCCCCCUCCCUCCCCCUCACUGCUGCCAGUCAUCACCUAUGGUCACCACUGAGCAUGCACCAGAAAGGCUGACUACAGACAGACAAAUACUAUAUAUACAAUAUGAAUAUAUAUAGCAAUUUUAAUGGACUUCUAAUGGACUUUUUUGUUCAGUUAUAGUUUUAAUUUAUUGUAUUGGUUCAUUCUGGUAAUGAGAAAUAAUAUAAUGUUUUGUGGAUUUAUUUCCUUUUUUUCUUUUGUUGAAUUAUUAUUAUUAUUAUUUUUAUAUAUUUUUGCUGUAUGUAUUUAUUGGAACAACACAAACAAACAAAUACACACAUUCAACAAAAUCAAGCAAGCAAUAUGUGCUGUUCCUUCUUUGGGGUGAGUGAUGUAUGAAUUUGAAAUGCACUUUUCUGCUUUCUGAUAACCAAGUUCAGUUACCCCUCACACCCUGGCAACAUGAUACUCUGAAAACUAAGUCUUGAGUUUCGCUAGAACAAAUACAGAGCCUCUCUUUUGUAUUUGGAGGAUGAUACAGUAGUGACAUCUAUAAGAACAGAAUCUCUUUUUUGGCUCAUCUGCAGUUUGUAUUCAUGGAUUUAUCGCAAUUGAAGGCUCAAGCAAUUUAAAAAAAAGACUGUUUUGUUUGACCGUGUGCAGAGGAAGACAAAGUAACCACACACACACUGAUCACUAUUUUCUUUCACUUUCAUGAGGACUUGCAUAACAACAACUAUAUGCAAACGGACACACGCUCUUUCACAUCUUUGAAAUUUAUAGACUUGAGUGUCCUCUCCGAGCCAGCACCAGUUAAUCAUCAUCAUCAUCAUCAUCGCACGUCCCACCAAAGCUGAAACCAACACACACACACACACACCCUAUACUGUAUGCACUUACACAUAUUUUCACACAUGUAAAGCGUAGGCCCUACACACACCCUUUUGUUCAUUCUCAGGGGAUCUUUCAGUGAGCCAAGCCCGGCACAGGGUACACAGCUGCUGGUACAUCAGCACAAUGCAUGUCCGUAAAGCUCCCUCGCUUUCUCUCUCUCUCUGUUUAUUUUUAUUUUUCGCUCUUACUUCUUAUUUUCCAAAGCUUUGAUAAAAACAGCAUAACAAAACAGAAAGGAAAAAAGAGGAUCUUCAUAUCUUGAGGUGAAAGAAAGGAAAACUUUACUCUCCUGGUGCGAGAUGGUUAUUUAUUUAUAAUGUAAAAUGUGUUUAUUUUUCCUUUGACCCUUGAUUAGCUUUUUUCUCUCUGGUGAUCUCUGACCUUUGACCUUGGGCUGCUGCAGCUACAGUAAGUUCAGAUAGAUUCCUAUGUUCCCCCGAUGCUCAAGCAACCUCUCCUCUCCUCUCCCUCCUCCCUAUAUUUUUAAGAAAUGUUGUUAGAAUUAUUUAUGACAUGUAAUAAAGAUGAUGCAGGCUGUCCCAUUUACUAAAAUUGUUAUUAUCGAUUAUUAUUAUUAUUAUUAUUAUUAUUAUUAUUAUUAUUAUUAUUAUUAUGUUGUGUAAAUAGCAACGCAUCUAAGAACACUGAUGAAUUUAGAUGAGUUUUUAAAAGAAAAUCCUGAUACCUUAGGCUGCUUGACGCAAAAAUACCUCAGGUUCUAUUGAAAGGCUUUUCCUUCCCCUGUACAUGUUUUGUGAAAAUGAGACAAAAAUACAGACAUGACAAAAUACAAA